CCGUGCCGUGCCGUGCUGUGCCGUGCCGGGCCAUGGAGCCUCAGCUGUUCGCUUGGGGUGCAAACAGCUAUGGACAACUUGGUCUUGGUCAUAAAGAGGAUGUGCUGGUUCCUCAGGCCCUGAAAGAUGUUUCCUGCAAAUGUCGAGACAUUACAAGCAUUGCUGGAGGAGGGGGACAUUCUGCAGUUACCACUGGUACAGGACAACUCUUUGUAUGUGGUGGUAACAAAGAUGGGCAGUUGGGAUUGAAUCACACAGAGGAUGUGCUGCAUUUUACUUUGUGCACUGCCCUGUCUGGCUUUUGUGUGAAACAAGUUGCAUGUGGCUGGGAUUUUACAAUCAUAUUAGUAGGAUCUGGCCUAGUGCUUUCCUGUGGGUCAAACUCUUUUGGACAACUGGGACUUCCUCAAAUUUCCGGCCCGUGCUUGAUUCCACAAAAGAUUGAGUCUCUCAAAGAGAAGGUGGUGAGUGUUGCUGCAGGACUGAGACAUGCACUUGCUGCUACAGACAGAGGUGUGGUGCUGCAGUGGGGAACUGGGAUGGCAUCUCGGGCAAGGCGGGCAAGCCAAGGAAAAGCCCUCCCUCUGUUCUUGACAGCAAAGGAGCCCUGUGAAGUGGCAGGCCUGGAAGGUGUAAAGGUGAAGACAGUUGCUGCAGGCUCCUAUCAUUCGGUGUCCCUCACAGAUGAAGGACACCUGUAUGUCUGGGGCAGCAACAAACACGGGCAGCUGGUGAGCAGAGACAUCUUUCUUGCUGAGCCCAAGAAGAUUGACACUCAGUGUUUCUCACAUGAAAAGAUUGGAGCAGUUUGGAGUGGCUGGACCCACCUGGUGGCACAGACAGAGGCUGGCACGGUGCUCACCUGGGGCAGAGAGGAUUUGGGGCAGCUGGGACGGCGCGCUGGGCACCAGAGCCCAGAGUCUGCCCAGGCCUUGGGGCUCUGCUGCAACACCCCUGCUUCGGUUCCUUGCCUAAAUGGAGCAUCUCAGAUCGCAUGUGGCUCAGAGCAUAAUCUGGCAAUAGUUGGUAAGUAGCUCGAUUUUAUAACAAAUCCUCUCACCUUUUUUUCAUUUUUAUUAGCACAAGAUGAAAGAAAAACGUGCACAUCACACAUACUGAAU